AUGCCUUCUUGCAUGAAAACUGCUCCCUCAAUUACUUAUCUUCUUGUCUAUGUUGAUGACAUUUUAAUUACUGGCAAUUCCUCUUCUCAUAUUCAAUCUCUCAUCUCUCAUAUGCAUUCAGUUUUUGCUCUUAAGGAUCUUGGUCUGGUUAGUUACUUUCUAGGUAUUGCUGUCCAUCACACUCCUACUGGUUUGUUUUUGUCCCAACAAAAAUAUGCUGCUGAUAUUUUACUCAAAGCUGGUCUUGCUGAAUGCAAGCCUUACUCUUCUUCUUUGUCUCUCAAACCUUCAUCAUUUUCUUCUGCUGAUGAUUCCUUGCCCUUUCAUAAUCCUUCUCUCUAUAGAAGCAUUGUGGGAGCUCUUCAAUACCUCACUCUUACUCGCCUUGAUCUUUCCAUUGCUGUUAACAUGGCUUGUCAACAUAUGCAUCUGCCUACUAUCACCGAUUUUGCAGCAGUCAAACGGAUCCUCAGAUAUCUUAAGGGUACUCUGCACUUUGGUCUUAAUUUCAGUCCUGGUUCUUUUGAUCUGCAUAUCUUCUCUGAUGCCGACUGGGCUGGUGAUCCCUCUGACCGCAGAUCUAUUUCUGGGUUUUGUGUUUUUCUGGGUUCUAACCUCAUUUCUUGGCAAGCCAAGAAACAACCUACUGUUGCUAGGUCUUCUACUGAGGCCGAGUACAGAGCUUUGGCCCAUGCUGCAGCUGAAGCUUCUUGGGUUCAAAUGCUUCUUGUUGAAAUGUUCUUGUCUUCUUCCACCAUUCCUACUCUUUGGUGUGAUAAUCUGUCUGCCAUUUCCCUUGCUUCUAAUCCCGUUUUCCAUGCCCGGACCAAACAUAUUGAAAUCGAUUAUCAUUUUGUUCGUGAAAAAGUUCUUCAAAAGCAACUUCAAAUUCGCUAUGUUCCUUCCUCUGAGCAGAUCGCUGAUAUUUUUACUAAACCAUUGACUGUCUCUCGCUUUCUUUAUCUGCAAUCCAAGCUUCUGGUGACUGCUGCCCCAUUCAGCUUGAGGGGGGCUGAUGAAGAUUCAACACAGCACCACUUACCACAGCAGUCCAACCACUUAUCACAGCAGUCCAAACAGUCCACAGCUGCAACUAUUAUACCAGAUCGCAGAGCACACAGUGCACAAGAAUGA